GGUAGGACGGAUGGAGUAGACCGGUCAAGGUGUAAUGUUGAACAAGGGGAUGUGCUUGUUUUCUCUUGCCAGGGAACUUGAAAAGAAGAAGCUGUCAAGAUGCCUGAGACUGGCGGCGCAUCGGGUGCACCCAAGAAGGACCUGACGCUCGAUGGCCUCAUCGCGGCAAUCGGCCGGCAUGAAAGGAAUCCAAAAAAUAUCCCCGAGGUCGAUACGUUCCAUUUUUGUGGGGAGAGAGUCUCAGAAUGGCUGGAGCGGGUGGAACAAGCUCUGGUUGGGCGGUUGGACGUUGUAAAGUUCCAACGCAUCCUUCAGUAUGUCCUCCACAGCUACCACCAAGAGGUGAAGAAAGUUAUAGAUGCAGCCCAAGGUAGCUGGGAAAGGUUCAAAGAGGGAAUGCAGAGGAAGUCCCGCCUGGGAGAUGGACUAUUGACCACUGCGGACCUUGAAGCAAUGAACAAGGAGGAUUUUACGACGAUAGGGACCUUUGUUCAGGAGUUCAAGAAGAGGCCGCGGAAGGUCCAUGAAAUUUCGGAGGAGGCGCAGUGCGCCAUUUUCCUGGGGCUACUCACAGCAUCGGAGGCCGUCGAAUUGACAAGGCAUGGAGGGGGUAGCACCAAACUCACCUUGGCCACCAUUGACAGAGGGGUGGAAGUUGGAUGUUUGGACCAGGUGGAACAACGUCAGGUACGCCUCCAAAGGCAGAAGAGAAAGGAAAGAGAUGCGACCGCUUCUGGGACCCCGGGGGUAACAAGGAUUGUUACAGACGUAUUGGCACAGCUGGGUUAUGGGACAGAGUCGGUAGUGCAAAGGAGGGUAGUAACGGCUGUCCAAGUGAAAGGAACGGAGCCGGUGAUAGAGGAGGCUGUUCAGGAGGAGCUCUGGGAAGAGGAAGAGUCGGUGCCGCAACGCCUGACGAAGGCCCAGCGCAAAGUGGAUAACUUGGCGCAGGGCGGACAGGGAUCAGGAAAAGCGCAGGCGCCUCAGGCGGUGGCGGCGGCUCCUCCAGGUGUGGCGGCGCCCUUGUCUAGUGCGGGCCCCUCGCAAGGAGGGGCACCCUCCUACGGACAGUGGCCCUGGCCAGUGAUCAAUGCAAUUGUGCCAUGGGGUAGCCCCCCGCCAGUAGCCGGACCACAAAUGAGUAUGCUGCCACCCAUCUACCCCACAGCCCAGGCCCAGCCUAUGGCCCCGUUGCCGUCACCGGCUCCCAGUUCACAGGGCAGCGUGGCUGGAGGUGGGAACCAGGGGCAGGGCAACCAAGACAAUGGAGGGAGGGGUGGAGGAAGGGGGCGAGGCAGGAAUGGCGGCGGAAGAGAAGGGCAAUGGAAUAGUCAAGGCCGAGGAAACCAAGGCCAGGGGUACCAAGGCCAGGGGAAUCAAGGCCAAGGGUACCCAGGCCAGGGGUAUCAAGGCCAGGGGGAUCAGGGAAGUCAAGGGUAUGGGAGACCCCGUUUUGACUGGAGGACGGUCAUCUGUCAGCAUUGUGACCAGCAAGGCCACACUAUAAGGUUCUGUAAUAUAAGACGGGAAGACGAGAGGGGCACGCUGAUCUCCUCCACUAUGGAUAGGAACAUUUACGAUCAGUUUGGGGAGGCCAUUGACAGAAGGCUUGGAGGAGUGAGAGCGGAAGCCCAACGAAGGGCGGCAGCCGGGACGCCACCCCCUGCCACAUUCAGGCUGUGGCAGGAAAAGGAGGAACCACCGAUUGGGGUAGAGGAAGUGGGGAGCGACGAGGAAGUGACUCAAGGACCACGUGGAGGAAGUAGGAGGGAAGAGCCCAUAAUCAUCGAAUCGGAUGAUGAAGACGAGGAAAGAAGGAUGGAAUCGCCAUCCGUCUUAUUGGGGAAGAUGGAUGACCUACUGAACAAGGCUCGGCUGACACAGGCAUCACGAACGAGAAGUCAAGCCAAGGCCAGUGUCAGCCAAGAACCUCCGAGAAGGGAGCCCGAACCAGGAAAAAGGAAAGAGGCAGUGGAAGUAGAGGAUGACGAUGAUGAAGAGGAAGAAGACGAGAGGCUGCGCCGAGAAGAGGAUCAGAGAGCGGAGCAACGGGCAAGGAAAAAAGGGACCAGGGGAGAGGCCGAGUCGGUCAUACGUGACGAACCACCCAAAAGGAAGAAGUACGCGGUUCGGUUGGAAGAGGGAUUUGACGUAGAGAAAGUAAUCGACCGACUGCUUGAAGGGCAUAAUGACCUCAUGACCCUGAAGGAAAUCCUAGCGUCAGCCCCGCGAUUCCGCGAUGAAUUGAAGGGGAGGUUGUCACGACGCCUAGUGCCCAAUAUCCAUCUGGGUACGAUCCUGCCCAAGGAGGCUGAGUGGGCGGAGUCAGGUACGAAAACGGACUGGAAGUGCAUGGCUUGUGGCACGGUGGAUUUAGUGGUGAAAGGCUCCAAGUGUGCAGCAAUGGUGGACACCGGGGCGAAAAUGAACAUCAUCCGGGAGGCGGAUGCUAUCAGAUUCGGGUUGGACAUAGACCGAUCUGACUGCGGUAUUUUGCACGGCGCAAGCUGCAAGGCCGUGUUUUGUGGGACAACCUCGAAUGUACUCAUCGAGGUUGAAAAGGAAGGGGAGGCGGUGGAAAAUACGCCCCCAGUUGAUGGAUUUCUGGACCAGGAAGAAUAUGUUCGUCUUCAUAUCAACAAGUGGUCGCCGCGAGUACCCAGCUGUGUAGACUAUCCUAUCUGGCAAACGCCGAGUGGGUACGAACGGAGGGCUGAGCUAGUCCUCAAACCCUUUGAAGAAGAAGAUCCUUGGGGAGGUAAGGAUGUUCAGUGGAUGAUGGAGUUGGCGCUGGCCAGUUCGCAUAGUCUGGUGGAAGACAUAAGAACGAUUGAGGAAGGACCAGGGCAGAUAGAACGGCAUGAGGACCUGAUGGGAGGAAUGUAUCUCCUCGUCAACACAUUAUUGGAGGAAAGCCUCGACCAGUUAGGCUCGUUGAACCCGGCAGGGAAUGUGGAUGAAGUGCCCGAGAGCCAAGACGACGAGUUUGAGGAGGGGGAGAUUAAGGAGGCCUUUCAUGCAGAGGAGUAUGAUGGGAUCUACCUAGAGCUGGGGCUUCUUUUGUCUUGCGAGAUGCGGCUAAGGGAUGCGAGCUAUAGGGCUCAGAAGAUGCUGCAGCGCUACUUAGUGCGUGACGGCCACCUUUUCGUGAGAAGGGAAGUGGGGAAUCCUAGGAGAGUCGUCUGCGGUAGGAACCGUCAGAUUGACGUUUUAGCAGCGCUUCAUGACGGCAUUGCGGGAGGGCAUCGAUGGGUACAAGCCACGUAUGCCAAGAGAUUGGAGGCAGCAGGGGCUCUCCCGGGUCAGCCACCCAGCGAGCCAGCAAAGGCCCCCGAGAUCCCAAAGAUGUGGAGGGACUUCUGGGAGCAGAGAGGAGAGGAGCUUCCUUCGCCAAUCAGAGCGGGGUUUGGGGUGGCAAGGAAGGCAGAAGAAAGGUUGGAUCGCAAGAUCAAGUUCUUGGCCAAGACAACUUUUGACCGGCACUUGUUGUUGGAGAGCGAUCUGGCAGGGAAGAAGAUAAAGGAAGCCGGCGAUGGAGUACGCCUGGAGGCUAUGGAGGUGGAAAUCCAGGAGCUCAGGGCAUCGGUGGCGAGCCAGGCAGCUAUCAUCGAGAGCCUGAGGCAGCGAUCUCAGGGAGGGGCGGACAAGCCAGAGAGCAGCCGGCGGGGAGAGUAGAGGCAGCCAGGACAUGGCUUGCCAGGACAGCUAUCUGCAGCAGAGACUCG